AUGUCGGUGGGACUCCUGGAGAAACGGGAGACAGCAGCUGGCGCGCCGAUGGGCCACCAGUUUAACCCAUACACAUCCAAUGGUGGAUCCAUCAUGGCGAUCCACGGCGAGGACUUUUGUGUGAUUGCCGGUGAUACGAGGCAGUCGGAAGGCUACAAUAUCCAGACGCGGUUCAAGCCCAAAGUGUUCCGUCUCACAGAUAAGGCCACGCUUGCCACGAACGGAUUUGCUGCGGAUGCUGAUGCACUAGUCUCGCGUGUGCGCCAGAGCCUGGACCUGUACUCUUAUAACCACAAGCGCUCGAUGCCGCUGCACUCGAUUGCGCGCAUGCUCUCGACAAUUCUGUACGGCAAGCGGUUCUUCCCAUACUAUGUCUACAAUAUCCUUGGCGGCAUUGACGAGCAAGGCCAGGGUGCUGUGUACAGCUACGACCCUGUCGGCAGCUACGAGCGCCAGGUGUGCAAUGCUAGCGGAUCUGCCCAGGGACUGAUCCAGCCCUUCUUGGACAACCAAGUCAUGUUUAAGAACCAGAACUCAACGCCCGAGCGCCCCAUUCCCGAGCCUGGCCAUCUCUCUUUGCCAGAGGUGCUGCGACUCACCAUGGACUCAUUUACAUCUGCGACCGAGCGGCAAAUAGAGGUGGGCGACUCGCUCCAAAUGUUUGUCGUCCGCUCGCUCGAUCGCAAGUCGGAGGGUGCGCAAGGAGCAGCUGCCGAUGUCGAUCUGGAAGCACUUGGUGCUGUCGACGCGGUCGGCGGAGAGGACAGCUAUACUACAGGCGCUUCCAUGGUGAUUCACCGCCAGCUUAAGAAGGACUAG